ACUGAGUCAAGUAGGUGCUGGAACACCGGGUCGUAGUCAUUUCCCUACAGCCGCUGCCGCUGCUCUGGUUUCUCUAAAUCAUAAACGACAAAUAAAAGCGGACACUAAAAGAAAAGCGUUGCUGUCGGAACAAAGCUCCAUAUCUGACCCUCGGACUAUCCGUGGCUUUCGUCCUUUUAUCGGCAGGAAAAUUUUGGUUGAUUCUCCUCAGUGUUUAUCCAGCCAUAUUGUGGAUCUUUAGCUCUCCAGGAAGGACAGUGGCAGAGGCAGAGCCUUCAGGGAUCAGACCUUCAGAGCUCCAUGAGCACAACGGGGCAGCAGCAAGGAGGGGGGCUGCGUUCUCGCCGGGACAAGGACGUGGGGCACGGCAUGGGCAUGGAGGCAUCGUGCUGGCUUUCUCCUGGUGCACUGCGAAGACUCAUCGAACUUCCAUCUCCUCCUCUGUCUCGGCACCAGCUGAAGAGACUGGAGGAGCAUAGGUACAGCAGUGCUGGCCGCUCGCUACUGGAGCCUCUGAUGCAGCGGUACUGGGAAUGGUUGGUUGGACAGGUCCCCUCCUGGAUUGCCCCCAACCUCAUCACCAUCAUUGGCCUCGCCACCAAUGUCUUCACCACCCUGGUGCUUGUCUACUACUGCCCAACUGCCACUGAGCAGGCUCCUCUCUGGGCGUACCUAUUGUGUGCAGUGGGUCUUUUUAUCUACCAGUCAUUGGACGCCAUUGAUGGAAAACAGGCCAGACGCACCAAUAGUAGCUCUCCCCUGGGCGAGCUGUUUGACCACGGCUGUGACUCCCUCUCUACAGUGUUUGUCGUACUGGGAACCAGUAUAGCAGUGCAGCUGGGCACCAACCCAGACUGGAUGUUCUUCUGCUGCUUCGCUGGGAUGUUUAUGUUCUACUGCGCCCACUGGCAGACAUACGUGUCAGGAACGCUGCGCUUUGGCAUCAUUGAUGUGACUGAGGUGCAAAUCUUCAUUAUAAUCAUGUAUUUGCUGGCCGCCGUGGGAGGAUCUGCUUUUUGGCAGUCACUGAUUCCUGUCCUAAAUAUCCAGAUGAAAAUGAUUCCAGCCAUCUGCACUUUACUAGGAGCCGUCUUCUCCUGCACAAAUUACUUCAGAGUUAUUUUUACUGGAGGUGUUGGUAAAAAUGGAUCCACAAUAGCUGGAACCAGCGUCCUCUCUCCUGUCCUACAUAUUGGUUCAGUUAUAGUUCUGGCGAUGAUGAUAUACAAAAAGUCUGCAGUCCAGCUUUUCGAGAAACACCCAUGUCUUUAUAUCUUGGCAUUUGGCUUUGUGUCGGCCAAAAUCACAAACAAAUUAGUAGUAGCACAUAUGACAAAAAGUGAGAUGCAUCUCCAUGACUUAGCCUUUCUGGGACCGGGAUUACUGUUUCUCGAUCAGUAUUUCAAUAGUUUUAUCGAUGAGUACCUGGUACUCUGGAUUGCACUGAUCAUUUCCUUCUUUGACCUGGUGCGCUACUGUGUCAGUGUUUGCAACCAGAUUGCCUGCCAUCUUCGCAUUUUUGUCUUCAAAAUCAAGCCUUGCUCGAUCCCCAGUUCAGCUAAUCACUGAGGGCACGCCGGCCAUUACUGACUCUGUUCCUUCCACUUAGUCACACUCAUCUUCUCCUCCCUCCGUUUUCCUCCUACAGAGGCAGGAGUCGACGUGGUUUAAAGUAUGUGCUUCUGCCAACUGAGUGUGAGGACAAAAUAAUAUAUGUUAAGAUACUGGAAUAUUACUGUCACUUGUUUCUUUUGCAGAAUUGAAUUUCUGGCAAAUUGAUGGUUACAGAGGGCAAAUGUUUCAGAAGAGUACAGGUGCUACUCAGUGUCCAAUGAGCGAAACUUACAUGUGUUUUAACUGUAUAAGUUCAACAAAACAUUUAAGGAAUGAAUCAAGGUUUUUUGCUUUUCAUGAUAAGGAUUUUUGUAAUAUCUGCCUAACUUUAACUUUUGCUAUUGUAAAUAGGAAAGCGUUACAGCGUCUGUGCUUCUCUUAAGUUAAAACUUCUGCUCCGACACAUUCUUCAUAUAAGAGUUUUGUUUUUUAAAGCGACUUCAUCUUCUGCACAUGAAUCAAAACUGUGCUGCUAUUUUGAAUCAGCAAAAUAUGUUUGUGGAGGAAACAGCAGCAGCUUUAUUCUAUAUCUUAGUAGUUUUGGGGUUUUUUGUACUGCAAAAAUAUUCACUGCCAGUCCUUUCUUAGUUAAACUUGACUUUUCUUGUUACUUUUAUACACUUUAAGGUUGGUUAUCUUUACAUUUAUGGUUCAAUUUUGGAGAGAGUGGGGUUACAAAAAUUAUUUUCACAAAGUUUGAAAACCAUGGGGGAGGUUUUUAUUUCUUCUGCUGAAAAAAAAACUGUUGAGUUGAAGGUCUUUUUAGUGGCAUUUGUAGUUCUGGCAGAACGGAUGAGGGGCUUGACAGAAUAUUAGUGGCCUUUUAAUCUCAACAACAAACUAGUGCGAAUCAUUUUGGACAUUUUGAGCUGUUGAUAACCAAAUCAGAAAUGGAACAAAUCCUGUUUGGGUUUAGUUUACUGUCACUUUCCUCCCACAAGAAAAAAAAAA